AUGGCCAACGUACGAGCACCUCUCAUGCCGGCGAGCAAGCCCGGCCCUGGCUCCAGCUCGGCGCCCUCGUCGUCUUCAUCCAAUUCAAUACCUUUUCUAGACUCGCCAGCGUCGUCCUCUAGAUCCAGCCAACCGCUCAAUGCUGCCUCAAACACUCGCCAUCCCUUCCGUCAGUCCGUCCUCGACAUGGACGCCCUUCUCACCUUCUCCAACGACGACCGCGUCAGGGAUGAUGCCUACGAUCCAUCCCUCUCACCAACAAAGCCGCGCUUCCGUCGUCCCUUCGGCUUGUCCGGAGAGCGUCUGUUCAACCAGCAGCUCAAGUCGCUCGGCCAUGCCCAGGACCCUAGCCCAACCAUCCAGCCGCUCGACAUCAUCAGUCUGCCCGACGAACCCAUCUACCAGCGUCCACCCACAGCCGACGACACGCUCGCUCUCCUCCUUCCACUCCUCAUCCUCCUCUCUACCUUGCUAUUCCUCCUCCUCCUCUUCAUCAUCCUCGUCAUCCUUGUAAGGCGCAGGGCUCGUAUCUCGCUCGGCGACUCCGACGGCCCGCUCGACGUAGGCCGCGAAGAGGAGCUCGAAGGCACAGGCGGCCUCGACGGCCUCGAACAGCGCUGGCUCGAAUCCGUCGACGACCCUACCCAACGCGGCUACCGUCGUGCAAAGGACUGGGCCCUCGCCUAUCCACCGGGCACCCUCUCCACCGACAUCACCCUCAGCCAGUUCCUCAGCAUCCAGGAAAAGGGCGUCAGCGCCUGGUCCUUCGACCCAGACUACGAGUCCAACCCCUCCGUCUUUGUCGAGGCACGCACCGAAAUCACCUUCAUCGCAGACGGCGAGGGCAUGGCCCCACAGGAGGGAGGCGGCGUAUGCGUACAGAGCAACUUGCCCCUGCCCAAGAUCAACGAGGUCUACUACUGGGAGGUCAAGAUGUUCAACAAACCCGACUCCACCAACGUCGCCGUCGGCCUCACCACAAAACCCUACCCGCAGUUCCGCCUGCCCGGCUGGUCCAAGUACUCCAUCGGCUACUUUUCCGCAGACGGCUUCAAGUGCCACAACUACCCCUUCGCUGCACAGUCCUACGGCCCCGCCUACGGCCAGGGCGACGUCAUCGGCAUCGGCUAUCGUCCACGCACCGGAACCGUUUUCUUCACCCGCAACGGCAAACGCCUCGAAGACGCCUUCAUCGGUCUCAACCGCUACAACCUCUUCCCCACCGUCGGCGCCGACGGCGCCUGCGAGAUCCACGUCAAUCUCGGCCAGGCAGGCUUCGUCUUCAUCGAGGCCAACGUCAAAAAGUGGGGGCUCGCGCCCAUGGUAGGCACCCUCGCACCGCCGCCCGCCUACGGCCAGGAGCGCGGCACCAUCCUCAUGGAGAGCGGUCAGGGCAGCUCGACGGAUGCGCAGCGUGGACCCGCAAAUCCGCGCGAAUCGCCGCCUCCGCCCAUCUCGCCGUACGACGAGCGCUCGCCCUCGACCUCGCAGCAUCGCCUCCCUUACGACUCGGCCGCCCCAUCCUCGCCCGCUCCCGUGCGCACCUCAUCGCUGCGCCCGAGCCGUGCGCUCGAGCUGGACGAUUCCUCGGACGGCAGCCCUCCCAACCCGCCCACGCCGCAUCGCCUCGACAUUUCCUUACAUUCGCUCUCGGACGCCUCGACGCGCACCAACGGCCGAGCAGGCGUCGAGGACUCGUAUUUUCCAGCCACGCCGCCCUCUCCUGCGCAGCCGCUACCACCGCCUGCCUCAUCGUCAUCAGCGACAGUACGGGCGCACAACGCCUCGCCGCCGUCGUAUGCGGUGGCGCUCGAGCAUGGCGCGCUUGGCGGCACGGUUGCAUCCCACCACCAGGCGCGCCGCGGCUCGGGCCGCACGCACCAGAUCGCCAACGCUGUGCUGGGCAUGCUCAGCGACCGCGGUUUGCUGCAGCCUCUCAAUCACUCCAACCCGUCGCCCCAGCCGAGCCCCAACGUGGGCGGCAGCGGCUACGGUGCAUACGGCAGUGGAUACGGCGGCGGGCUGUCCGAGGCCGAGUACGAGCGCAUGCUGCGUCAGAACACGGCGCGCAACAGCCGCACGGUCGUCGGCAGCGGCGCGGGCGCGGCCGACUACAGCCUGCGCGGAUGGGCCAACUGGCUCGGACUGGGCCGAGGCGCCAGCAGCUCCGACGCGGCUCCAGGCGCCAGUAUCACAUCGAGCUCCGAGGCGGCGUCGAACCGGGCAUAA